AUGGGGCUGGGGGCCCUGGGACACUCGCUUGUCCUGUUGGUUCUGGCUGGGGUCUGUCUCCAGGGCGUCCAACUGCAGCAGAGGAAGCCGUUCUUCGAAAGAUUUCGGAGACUGGAAGAGCAGUUUCGCCGGUUUCAAGAAGUCUCCCUGGUGCGCCUGCAGGAGAUUGCCGCCAAUUACAACGUGUCCUCCAACAUCGACGCCAGCUUCCGGCACCUGGAGGACAAACAGGAGGCCCUGGAGUCCGCUGCCAACUCGACCCACGCAGCCCUGCAUGAGGAGCUGCAGCACCUGAAGAGCUGGGUGAAGAAACUGCAGAACAAGACCAAGAGGGCAGCCUCGAGGGUCCAGGCCCUGGAAGAGUCCCGGCAGGAGAGAGACCAGCAGAGGGCGGCUGAAAGGAAGGCGCAGCAAGCCCUCCUGUCCAACCUGACUCAAGAAGUCGCCAGGAGCUGGGAGGACACCCAAGCCUUACGGUUCAGCCAGGGGAGCCUGCGGAAGGUGCUGGAAAGCUUGCAGGAUGCCCUGAAGAACCAGGGAGCCAAGCUGGCCGAGCUCGAGCAGCUGGCGAAGACUCCCCCGGAGCACAACGAGGUCCUCUUGCCCAGCGCCCUGGCUGCAGCCCCCCUGCUGAACCGGAACCCCACGGAGAAGGAGCCGGAAGCAGCUGCCGGCCAGAGUCCCACCUUGAAGAAGCUGCGGGCCAAGCACCGGCAGAGGAAGAGGCUGCAGCAGAAGAGCCGCCGUCUGGUUGCCCAGGCCCAGAACGAAUCCCUGUCAGGCCAGAAGCCGCCCCUGCAGGAGAAGGAGCCGGAGGCACCCCUAAGGGUGGAGCCCCGAGGAGGCCUCAGGCAGGAGCAGCUGGCCAUGGACAAGGCCCCCGAAGAGCAGGAGCUCCCCAAAGCCCCUCGUCCCCCGGGAACAAUCUGCAACGUGGGCUCCAUGCUGGUUUUCCCCAACGCUUCCACGGAGAACUUUGUGGACUUUGGGCCGAGCUUCCACACCGGACUGCUGGAGCUCAGCCUGUGCAGCUGGGUGAAGACCAGCGCCGGCUACCUGGGCACGACCCUGUCCUACGCCACCGAAGACAAUGACAACAAGCUGGUGCUGCACGGCAGGGAUGCGGCCCCCCGGAACGCCAUCCACUUUGUCAUCGGGGACCCGGCCUUCCGGGAGCUGCCGGUGGGGCGUCUCCUGGACAGUCAGUGGCACCACCUGUGCCUCAUCUGGUCCUCCAUCCAGGGCCGGUACUGGUUCUACGUGGACAGGCGGCUGGCUUCUAUGGGCUCCAGGUUCCAGAAGGGCUACGAGAUCCCCGCCGGAGGGUCACUCGUCCUGGGCCAGGAACAGGACACCCUCGGUGGGGGGUUUGAGCCCUCGGAGGCCUUUGUGGGGUCCUUGGCCGGUUGGGCCAUGUGGGACCGGGCGCUGUCGCCGGGGGAGGUCUCCAGCAUCGCCAUUGGGGACGGCCUCCCUCGGGGCCCAAUCCUCUCUCUGGCAAACGUCACCAGGCUCAGCGGGGCUGUGCAGAAGGUGAGCUGCAGCUGCCUCGAGCACUGCCUGUGAGACAUCG